AUGGGAAUCGAGGAGGAAGGAAUGAUGAAGGAGACUUCUUGCGCCAUUAUUCUCGAUGUGCUCGAGGGCCCGCCGCAGGCCGCAGCCGUAACCAUGUCCAUGCGUCCUCGCUACACCUACGCCCACGGGCCGGACGGGAGCUACUCCUUAAACAUCCAGCUCACCGCGCUGCCGUGCCCCGGCAUGGCGCUCCACCUCAACACCGUCAUCGACUGCACCCCGGGCAAUGCCUGGCUGGACCGCAUCCCGCCGAUCACCAUCGACUUCCUCAAUAAGCUGCCGCAGCAGAGCGAGGCCCCGACGCCGGCAUCAGCCGUUGCCGCCCAGCUGACCCGCCGCUUCACGUGCUCCACCGGCGACUUCGUCAGACAGCUCCAGCGAGUGGAGCCGAUGGUCACGGCCGCGGGGCUGCCCCUGGAGUGCGUGCCCAGCGUGGAGGAGUUCAUCCACCUGUCGGUCUCCAGCAACUCGUUCUACAAGGCAGUGGCGAUCACCGUGGAGGCCGGCGCGUCCGUGGACGACGAGGACGAGGAGCUGCCGCCCGGCGCGGUCGUCGGGGAGUGCGCCAUAUGCUACAAGGAGUACCUGGUCGACGGACCCACGUCAGUGAAGCUGGCGUGCAACCACACGUUCCACCGCAGGUGCCUGGACCGCUGGACAGCCGUGUACCCGACAUGCCCCUACUGCCGGGCGCCGGUGCCGGUGGAACAGGACUACUGGGACGACGAGGAUGAUUGCGACGACUCGGAGUCGGGGUAUGAUGACGUCACCAGCGAGGAGGGCGGCGACUCGGAGUUGGAGUAUGACGUCCCCAACGAGGAAGACGACGGCUCCUCGCCGGCGCCCGACGGCGGUAGCCAGGAAGUCACCGCGGCCUCUCCGCCUUCUUCGACUCGAGUCUUUAAAAUGGCGGCUUUGUUCGUACUAAUCCUGCUUUGUUAG